AAGUAUUUAUGAACAGUUGUCUACACAAGAUACUCAAUUUUCAUUGGCCAGAUACCAACAGCAACAGCCUACUAUGUGAGAGGAGAAGCCAGCUUCCAGCUAAGGAGGAAAUUAGGAAAAGAUAAUGGAAGUGGAUAAGACAUGCAUCACGGAAAUAAUCAAACUGCAUCACAAGGUAAGCCACAACUUGGAAUCCUAAAGGGAAGCGGAGGAGAGGAAGUCCAAAGAACACACUACGUCGGGAAACGAAAGCAGAAAUGAAAAGGAUGAAUAGCAAGUGGAAACACCUAAAAAAGGUUGUCCGAACCAGGGUUGGAUGGAGAAUGUAAGUGGCCUCGAGGGGUAACUGGUUUAUGUAAGUAAGUAUCUAACAUUUUUAUUCUUGGUCUCGUUCAAACUAUUUUUUUCUAAUUUCUUAAUUAUUAUAGACGAAAAUUAUUGAACCUGCUAUAAAAAUGUGGGAGGCGUUAUUAAAAGUAAAAAUGAAAUCUAAAAAUAAAAUUUAUUUAUUCAGAAGUUGCAUAAAUCAUUCUAAAGACUCAAAGAUACUUUCCAAUGGUACGCGAUAUCGUUACUGUAGAGAGGGAUGUAAACCGGUGUCAGAAUGUCAUCAUGGAGUUAUUCCAGAAAAGUACUUAGAUUACUGCUAUACACUUGAAAAUGAACAACCCAAAAUAAGUGAACAUCGUGGACAAGGGAUGAAGUUUAAUCAUUUAUUAUAUAUUAUUGAUUCCCAGACAAUUUCCCUUUGCCGAAGUGGGAAUACUGUAGGUUAUGCACAGUUUUGCAGAAUGGAUGGACUAACAGACAGGCCAAUAGCUGGCUAUACAAAUCUUUGCCCGAAUAACAUAGAAGUUGAUUAUGAAAGUAUUAGAAUGGCUACUUUAACUAUGGCACAUGAAUUGGGCCACGUUUUGGGUUUCAACUCGGAAGCUUUCAGAUAUAUGCGAGACGAGCUUGGGAAACCAAGAACUAUACGUGAACGUGUUACUAAUGAGCCUAUUUUAACUGAUCCACUGGGAUACAGAAUUCCAGACGAAUCAGUAUUAAGCAAUGUUACUCGUGUUUGGAUGUCUGCUAAAACAACAAUUUAUCGCCAUUUGACUGCGCUUAAAACACCAAUGAUGCUGAAAAUGGCGAAAGAAUACUUCAACUGUCCAGAACUUGAUGGUGUGGAACUUGAUAACAACGACCAAAUGUAUGCUAGAGGUCAUUUCGAAAAGAGGCUAAUUGAUAAUGAAUUAAUGACUCCUCUCCUUUCAUCACGUUCAUAUAUAUCGAAAAUCACACUCGGAUUUUUCGAAGACACUGGAUGGUACCAAGUGAAUUAUGCAGGAGCUAAUCCAAUGGGAUAUGGUAAACACCUUGGUUGUGAUUUCGUUAUGAAAAGUUGUUAUGAAUAUAUGCUAAUUCAACGACGAAAAAGACAAAGUUUUUACCCUUACUGUGAUCAAAUAGGCUUCAGUAACACCCUCUGUCUGAAGCAUGAAAAUGCAUAUGGUUUCUGCGAUCUGAAGCAGUAUUUUCGGCCUCUGCCACUUGAAUUUCAGUACUUUGAUGACCCGAGACUUGGUGCAGCUGACCGUUUCCGAGAUUAUUGUCCAGCUUAUGUGCCAUUUACCGGAACGGAUAAUACUUAUUCAUACUGCAACACUCCUGAAAAACAGCACGAAGUUCAACAAAAUAAAAACUACAUGCUUCAUUACUUUGGUGCAUCUUCUAUGUGCAUAAACCAUGAUAGUACCAGACAUUGGGAAGUGAUUCGUCAACAUGAAAUGUUCAAUGAAAGUGCACCAAAAUCUUCAUGCAUGAAUCAUAUAUGUUCUGAGAGUGAAGGGUUGAUUUUGAUCUUGCAAGAUAAAGAACUCGUUUGUCCUCUUAGAGGUAAAUAUAUUGAUUUCAGUCUUCGAGGAAAGUACUUCAAUAUUAACGGUUCAAUCAUUUGUCCACCAUGUAGAGAUAUUUGUAAAAAAUGUCCAAGCAGCUGAUGUUGAACGGAGCAUUCAGUGGAUGAUAAUUGUGAUAAAGUAUUUCAUGCUAUAUAAAAUAAAGUAUAUUCUAAAUAAAAAUGACUUAUUCAUGGGUAAAUUCUUAACAAUUAAAGAUAACUAAUGGUAGAAAUCAAAUGAAUUUCUUGAUUCAACUAUGGAAAUGAACGUUUUCAAACUAUUAUCCUUCUUAUCAUAUAUUGUGUAUCGUUAAAAUGAUUUUUCUAUUAGGAUAUUAACCAAAUGUUGAUUUCCUCAUUUACAGUUGCUAUUAAACCUAAUGCGAAC